UCACGAGUCACGCACUUAUAAUUGCUCUCUGUCUCUCUCUGCCUCUCUCUAUCUCUAUAUCUGUGUCUCUCUCUCUCUGUGCGUGCCUUAUCUCCGUUUCUGUUAUGCGAUCUCCGGGCGAUCCUUGCUCUUUCCAGAUCCCGCGAGCCGCCUGAAUGUGGAACUCGGAGGAGAACGUCUUCGCCCGCUCCGCCUCCUCCUCAGGGGGCGGCGGCGGCGGCGGCGACGACGAGGAGGCGCUCCGGUGGGCCGCCCUCGAGCGGCUCCCCACCUACGCCCGCGUCCGCCGCGGCAUCUUCAAGGACCUCGGCGGCGGGUCCAAGGAGGUCGGCCUGAGCGAGCUCGAGGCGCAGGAGCAGAGGCUGCUCCUCGACCGGCUCGUCAGCUCCGUCGAUCACGAUCCCGAGCGGUUCUUCGAGCAGAUGCGCCAGCGCUUCGAAGCAGUAGAUUUGGAAUUUCCAAAGAUUGAGGUUCGCUUUCAGGAUUUGACAAUCGAAUCAUUCGUCCACACUGGUAGCAGAGCUCUACCUACUAUCCCCAAUUUCAUGUGCAACAUGACCGAGGCUCUGUUAAGGAAGACGCGGAUUUACAGGGGAAAGAGAAGCAAGCUCACAAUUUUACACAACAUCAGUGGCAUAAUAAGGCCUUCCAGGUUAACGCUUCUACUGGGUCCUCCAAGCUCCGGAAAAACGACAUUGCUCUUGGCACUUGCAGGCCGUCUUAAAAAAGAUUUACAGGUGUCAGGAAAAAUUACAUAUAAUGGGCACAGCCUACAUGAGUUUGUUCCUCAGAGAACAUCCGCUUAUGUAAGUCAACAAGACUGGAACGUGGCUGAGAUGACUGUGAGAGAAACUCUUGAGUUUGCGGGUCGCUGUCAAGGUGUUGGCUUCAAAUAUGAUAUGUUACUAGAGCUUUCACGAAGAGAGAAGAUUGCUGGGAUCAAACCUGAUGAGGAUCUUGAUAUAUUCAUGAAGUCACUUGCACUUGGAGGACCAGAGACUAGCCUUGUGGUGGAGUACAUCAUGAAGAUUUUAGGGUUGGACAUAUGUGCUGAUACUUUGGUCGGAGAUGAAAUGCUGAAGGGGAUUUCAGGGGGCCAGAAGAAGCGGCUUACAACAGGUGAAUUACUUGUUGGUCCCGCAAGGGUUCUGUUCAUGGAUGAAAUAUCCAAUGGUCUUGACAGUUCAACUACUUAUCAAAUAAUUAAGUAUCUUCGGCAUUCCACCAAAGCCCUUGAUGGGACCACCAUGAUAUCGCUGCUUCAACCUGCUCCAGAAACAUAUGAGUUAUUUGAUGAUAUCAUUCUUUUAUGUGAGGGCCAGAUAGUGUAUCAAGGACCCCGCAGCGAUGUUCUUGACUUUUUCAAAUCUGUGGGGUUCAGUUGUCCGGAAAGGAAGAAUGUGGCGGAUUUCUUGCAAGAAGUGACAUCAAAGAAGGACCAAGAGCAGUAUUGGUCUGAACCAUAUUGCCCAUACAGAUAUAUACCUGUGGGAAAAUUUGCAGAAGCUUUUCGUCUGUAUUCUGCUGGAAAAAACCUGUUGCAGGAACUGGAUGUUCCUUUUGACAGACGUUACAAUCAUCCAGCUGCCUUGGCAACUGCUCGCUAUGGUGCUACCAAGAAAGAACUUCUCAAAACCAGCUUUGACUGGCAGAUGCUUCUGAUAAAACGAAACUUGUUUAUCUAUGUAUUCAAAUUCAUCCAGCUUCUUUUAGUUGCACUCAUCACCAUGAGUGUCUUUUUCCGUUCGACCAUUCAUCACAACACCAUCGAUGAUGGAGGUCUAUAUCUGGGAGCAUUAUACUUUUCUAUGAUCAUCAUUCUCUUCAAUGGCUUUACGGAGGUUUCUAUGCUGGUUGCGAAGCUUCCAGUCCUUUACAAGCACAGGGACUUGCACUUCUAUCCUAGCUGGGUUUACACAUUACCUUCUUGGGCUUUAAGUAUUCCAACUUCACUCAUGGAGUCUGGAUUUUGGGUGGCAGUUACCUAUUAUGUAAUCGGAUAUGACCCUGAUAUUACUAGAUUUUUCCGACAAUUCUUGUUAUACUUCUUUCUGCACCAGAUGUCUAUCGGUCUUUUCCGCGUAAUGGGAUCUUUGGGUCGAAACAUGAUAGUUGCCAACACCUUUGGAUCUUUCGCAAUGCUGGUUGUGAUGGCUCUUGGAGGCUACAUCAUUUCAAGAGAUCGCAUACCAAGUUGGUGGAUAUGGGGUUUCUGGAUUUCCCCUUUGGCCUACGCUCAAAAUGCAGCUUCUGUCAAUGAAUUUCUUGGGCAUUCUUGGGAAAAGAAAGCUGGGAGCUCUGAUUUUCCAUUAGGUGAAGCAUUAUUGAGAGCACGCAGUCUUUUUCCAAAGAGCUACUGGUAUUGGAUCGGACUUGGUGCUUUGCUUGGAUACACAAUUUUGUUUAACAUCCUUUUCACAUUGUUCCUGACUUACCUUAACCCUUUAGGAAAGCAGCAAGCUGUUGUCUCUAAGGAAGAGCUUCAAGAAAGAGAGCAAAGAAGGAAAGGUGAAAGUGUUGCCGUUGAGCUAAGAGAGUACUUCCAGCAUUCAGGAUCACGAGUUGGAAAGUAUUUUAAGCGGCGAGGCAUGGUUCUGCCUUUUCAACCUGUUUCGAUGUCUUUCAGCAAUAUCAAUUACUUUGUAGAUGUGCCUCUGGAAUUAAAGCAACAGGGAAUUAUGGAAGAUAAGUUGCAGUUACUUGUUAAUGUCACUGGAGCGUUUAGGCCUGGUGUGCUUACAGCACUGGUUGGAGUUAGCGGUGCUGGUAAAACUACCCUCAUGGAUGUUUUAGCAGGGAGGAAGACUGGUGGUGUCAUUGAAGGAAGCAUACAUAUAUCAGGAUACCCCAAAAGGCAAGAAACUUUUGCAAGAAUUUCUGGUUACUGCGAGCAGAAUGAUAUCCACUCCCCCUGCUUAACUGUUCUGGAAUCGCUUCUGUUCUCUGCUUGGCUCCGAUUACCUGCAGAUGUUGACUUGGAGACACAGAGGGCUUUCGUUGAAGAGGUUAUGGAGCUUGUGGAGCUGACACAAUUGGCUGGGGCAUUGGUUGGUCUUCCUGGAGUUGAUGGUCUGUCCACAGAGCAAAGGAAAAGAUUAACAAUAGCUGUUGAACUGGUGGCUAACCCUUCUAUGGUUUUUAUGGACGAGCCCACGUCGGGGCUUGAUGCAAGGGCUGCAGCUAUUGUGAUGAGGACUGUGAGGAAUAUUGUGAAUACUGGCCGAACAAUAGUUUGCACCAUCCAUCAGCCGAGUAUAGACAUUUUUGAAUCAUUUGAUGAGCUUUUGUUUAUGAAGCGUGGAGGAGAGCUUAUAUAUGCUGGUCCUCUUGGCCCCAAAUCUUGUGAGCUCAUCAAGUAUUUUGAGGCAGUUGAAGGAGUGCCAAAGAUUAGAGCUGGAUAUAAUCCUGCUGCUUGGAUGCUCGAGGUUACUUCGUCAGAUGAAGAAGAUCGUCUGGGCUUGGAUUUUGCAGAACUUUACCGGCGAUCAUAUCUAUUUCGACACAACAAAGAACUGGUUGAAAAUCUAAGCAGGCCUAACAGUAGUUACAAGGAGCUGAAGUUCCCAACCAAGUAUAAUCAAUCAUACCUUGAGCAGUUUAUAGCAUGUCUUUGGAAGCAGAAUCUUUCAUAUUGGCGAAACCCUCAAUACACUGCAGUUCGCUUCUUCUAUACUGUGGUAAUCUCUUUGAUGCUUGGGAGCAUAUGUUGGAGAUUUGGUGCAAAAAGAGAGACGCAGCAGGACUUAUUUAAUGCCAUGGGAUCCAUGUAUGCAGCAGUCCUGUUUAUUGGGAUUACCAACGCCACUGCUGUUCAACCUGUUGUUUCUAUUGAAAGAUUUGUUUCAUACAGAGAAAGAGCUGCAGGGAUGUACUCAGCUUUGUCAUUUGCAUUUGCUCAGGUCGUCAUAGAAUUCCCCUAUGUUUUUGCUCAGGCGCUUAUUUACUGCACCGUCUUUUAUUCCAUGGCCUCUUUCCAGUGGACGUUUUUGAAGUUCGUUUGGUACUUGUUCUUUAUGUAUUUUACCAUGAUGUACUUCACUUUUUACGGGAUGAUGACCACGGCAGUGACACCUAAUCACAACGUGGCCGCGAUUAUUGCUGCUCCCUUCUACAUGCUUUGGAACCUUUUCAGUGGCUUCAUGAUUCCCCACAAGAGAAUUCCCAUCUGGUGGAGAUGGUAUUAUUGGGCAAACCCAAUAGCCUGGAGUCUGUAUGGCCUCAUUGUUUCCCAGUACGGCGAUGAUGAUGAACUUUUGAAGCUAGCGGAUGGUUACACUCUGGUACCUAUAAGGCAGUUCCUCAACGAUGUUUUCGGGUAUAGACAUGAUUUCGUGGGUGUUGCCGGGAUCAUGGUGGCUGGUUUCUGCUUAUUGUUCGCUGUCAUCUUUGCAUAUGCAAUAAAGUCCUUCAACUUCCAAAAGAGGUGAGAGAACAAUAAAACUUCGCUGUCUGCAGCUGCUCGUGGGUUUCUGGACAUGCAUCCAGAAAUAUAUCAAUUCCGCGUCAGAAAUGGUAAUGUAUAGGAGCAUGACACUUGAAUAUUCAUAAUUAGCUCAUUUGAUACGAGAAUGCAGAUUUAAGAUAGUCCAACAUCUAAACAUACAGUUUUAUGCAAUAAAAUUAGAGAUAAAUUCACUCUG